GAACCUGAGUCACUGUCAAAUUAUUACUUUGUGGUGUUCGCGGCCGAAUUAAAUCAAGUUCCCUCGCGUGUGAUUCACCCGGAGAAAUAAAGAAACCCUGACGGUUAGACGCUGGGCUAACGGCCAAGCUAGCAAUGCUAAGGCUAGCACACAGGCUACGUGUGUUUAACCAGCUGCGGUAGAUUGAGUCCAGGCAGGAUGUUGAGGCUUCGCUGUAAGACCAAAAAUGGGAGCCACCUAAUGCAGGGAUUGACCCACCAGUCCUGCGUCCAGGAGCUGAAGAGGAAGGUGGAGGAGCUUACUGGGAUCCCCUGUGACGUGCAGAAGAUCAUGGUGGGCUACCCACCGUCCAGCCUUGAUCUCCGAAACGGAGACGCUCACCUCAAGGAUUACCCCAUCAAAUCAGGUGACACACUCAUUGUUGAGGAAGAAAAGAACAAGCCAAAGCCUCAGGAUCAUCCCACUGUGACUAAAGUGCCGCGUCUGGAAGCCUCACCCGUGCUGGCACGCCGCGUGGUGCCAGCCGACAACUCCUGCCUCUUCACCAGUGUGUAUUAUGUGGUGGAAGGAGGCGUGUACGACGCCGUGUGUGCUCCUGAGAUGCGAAGCCUCAUCGCCCAGAUCGUGUCCAGUGACCCUGCAGCGUACUGUGAAGCGGUGCUGGGGAAGACCAACGAGGAGUACUGCACCUGGAUAAGCCGCGACGACACCUGGGGGGGCGCCAUCGAGGUGUCCAUCCUGUCCAAGUUUUACCAGUGCGAGAUCUGCGUGGUGGACACUCAGACAGUCCGAGUGGAUCGAUUCGGGGAGGACGCCGGUUACCAAAAACGCGUGCUGCUCAUCUACGACGGCAUCCACUACGACCCGCUGCAGAAGGAAACCCCCGGCUCCGACGUCCCACCCCAGACUAUCUUCUCCACCACGGACGACGUAAUUCUGGCCCUGGCCCUCGAGCUGGCAGACGAGGCUCGGCGCAAGCGGCAGUUCACGGACGUAAACCGCUUUGCGCUUCGCUGCAUGGUGUGCCAGACCGGCCUGGUGGGACAGAAGGAAGCUCGAGAGCACGCCAAGGAAACGGGCCACACCAAUUUUGGGGAGGUGUGAUUUUUAUUUUGUCUCACUCCCCCCCGCCCCCCUUCUCACAGAUAGAACCACCAACCAAUCCCGUGCCCCAUGUUUGGCAACUGUGUCAGUCCGUGUCUGUCUGCUUGUGUGAUCCUCUACCUCACAUUGCCCAGCGACAUCCACCGAGAAUCUGCAGACACUGUGUUUCAGCCUCUAACCUGUUCAGUAUUAUACUUUUUUAACUGCCGUCAGUUCUCGAAAGUCAGAAGAAACACUACCGCAGCGCUCUGGUGUCAACAAACCAUCACAGUCGUCUGUUACAGAUGGUUUUCAAACCGAUGUAACUGGGUCAAGGAAAAUAUGCAAACAAUUCUUAGGAUUUGAUUUAAUCCGUUGAGAUCACUCGAUGUGUCCGGGCUGUGUUGAAACGCACCAAACACUUAAAUGUGACUGAAUUAAAACAACCACUGAGAAUUCUUUGUGCUACGACGUGAUCCUACUCACUGUUGUCUUAACCGCAGAACACUAUGUUUGACUGUUAUACAUGAUGUUGGUUAUGUAGCGUUUAGUUUUUUAUUGUUCCCUCGUGGACAGAGUUGUUUGGACAGUCAAGGACACUAAGAUGGAGUCGCGGAUUGAGGUUUUGAAAUGUCAUGAUGAGCCCAAAUUUAUUAUUUUUGGGGGACUUUGUCCGUGUUUUAUUAAGUUGCAACACCAUUUAUAAAUGAAAUUGUUUUAAAUGAAAUAAAAAUAAUUUAAAAAAAGGAUGGUGCUGAAAACUAAACAUUUUAGGAAUCUGUAGGGCUUUGCUUUUCUCCAUCGGUACGCCAGAUUCUUUUUCAGGAGUGAACAUUUUUUUAAAGGGUGUAAUUUUUCGGGUGUCAUGCUGUAAGAACUAAUCUUUUUAGACUGUGUUUUUUUUUUUUAUAUUGCUGCAUAUUUUUGAGAAAGCUGUGCGGCGUAUUUCAGAACACAAGUCAUGGUGAGAGGGUGGUGUCUUUUAUAAACGGUGUGUAACUGCAUUCGGGUGCUCGUUGGAAGGUCCCACUUCCUGGGAUGUGAAGUCCUUUUCCUGACUUUGGGGUCUUUGUGUGCUUUAAAGACAAUGUGUGGAAAACAAAGCAUGGACGCGGUAAACAAAAUGUAUUCAUGCAUUCAGAGCAUCACAUUGACACAUCUUUCCAAUAUCAAUCAGAUGUGACAGGCAUAUAAAUCCUUGAAAACGUUUGCAUCGUUAGUCGCAUGCAACAUUAGAAUCUACUAUUUAGAGCUAAUGCUAAAAUUAUUUGAAUUGGUUAAUGAGUGAUCACGUAAUCAUCUCGGAUUUUCACGGACUGUCCGAGUUCUGACUUCAGAUUCUGUCACGUUAACACUUUUUCCAGAUUUUCCCGACACCACAUGAAGGCACAACCAAUGACGCUGUGUGGGAGAAAUCCUACUCAACCCUACAGCGUCCACUGUUCACGUACUGUCCGCACAUUACAUCCUUGACUCCUUCGUUAAACAUGAACCUCUUCAGAUAGUUCAUCUCACGUUUGCAGCCUGAGAACAACUCGGUUUGAUGUGAAUGUUUGAGAAACUGCGAGUAAAGAUUUGGGUUUUAUUUUGUAAUGCUCGUCUUUAGAUUCUGACGCUGUACCACUGUAUGUCCUCAGCUAAAGUCAGGCAUGAUCUCAACCUUCACAGGCUGCCUGUAAGGAUGAAGCUUUGAUAUUUGUGGGUUUUUCUUGACGCUCCGUUUGUUAUGCAGAACCAGUACUUCUAUGUUACACAUCUGUGAUAUUGGCACUGAGUUGUUGUCCGGAAAGGAUUUUUUACAAGUGAAGACUGGAUUUAGAUCUCAAUUGAGUAAUUUCUUUCUUGCUUUCAGUCAUGACUCGUGCUAAACUCAACUACAGGCAAAAAUGUCACUUACUUCUUUGUUUGAAUGUGAAUUAUAAUACCCCCCCCCCAAAUCUGUUACCUUACUAUCUUUUUAUUAUUUCAGCAGUAAUGGAUUGAUCAGCUUGAAUUUAAUUGAAACUAUGAAAUGGCUUUGUUGUCUUUUGUCAUAACCAAGUUCUCAUGAAUGUUGCACACAAAGCACUACAGAACAACUGGAGUUACUUGAUUUUUGUCAGUGUUGUGUCACAAUUAAAACUUAUAGCCUCUGG